GUUGCUGGCUGAAAACAUCCGGUCUGAAUUACCAAAGAGGUUUUAUUUUUGCGAUGUGUAAAUUUUAUGUCCAUACUGGUGUUAUUUAAAUACAUUAUACAUAUCGAUACUUUUCAUUUUCUUUUAUCUUAUGGUCAAGCUGGUGCUUUUAGAGAAAUGAAGACUUGACUAAUAAUGUAUGAUGUCAUCUUGAACAGCCGAAACAUUUAAUGGCACUUACAGAAGACCGGUUUUCUUUGUCAGCUGACCGAUAUUUAGCUCGUCACAAUGUUUUGGUGUACCUGGAAGACUCCAUAGCCCAGCUGUUAGAACACAGAGAGGAAAACUCUAAAGUUAACCCACUAAAGUUCCUCAGUGAAUACUUCUGUAGUUUGAGGGAUGGCAACCACACAAUAUUCCGAGAACACGCCUUCAUUCGUUCCACUCCUCACAACAGAGCCUCAUUUGUCAAACUCUUCUUGAAGUGUUUCAGGCAGAUUGGAAAGAAAGGAGACCUCUUGAGUAUCCAUGAAUAUCAUUCCCUGCUUGGUCUUCUCUGUCCAGACUUCCCUUUCAGUUUGGUUCAGAAAACUGCAAGAAUAAUUUUGAUUGAUGAUGCUUUGGACUGCCUUAUAUCAUUUGUAGAUUUCAUCUAUGCUUUUCAAGUCCAAUUUUAUUAUGAGGAGUUCCUUGAAAAGAGUACGGAGAUCUACCAGUCAAUUCUGCAGACCCAGCGCAGUCCCCGUGACCCAGUUGUUGUUCCCUCGGCCAGUACGGACACCAACGUGCACCAGAGUAACUAUCAGCCGGGAGACGGCGUCGACGCAAUGCAGUUCUUCCGUGCCCUCUACCCACUGUGUGACCAAGUCACAUUCAAAACCCCACCUAUCAAUGCACUGAAGGACAUCCUGUUUGCAGUACCCAGAGUUUCGUUCUACGGGUUUCUCAUGGCCAUAGCAAAAAGUGAGGUCAUUAAUGAACACAUUGGUUACCUCCCACCCCGUGUGGAACUACUUGAUGGGAAGGAUGGAGAAAUAACAUCCAUUGCUGCCAAAAUCAUCCACGUCCCGCCACCAAAACUAGCAUCCAGCGGCAAGAUGCGUCAGCCAGGUGCAAUUCCACCCCAAGACUUGUCUUCAGUGCAGACCAGUCAUAGCUCCGCACCUGCAUCACAGCCGACGGGACAGAAGGCGAGACAGGCGAGCUCCAGGACGACGUCACACACCGCGAGGAAACAAUCCCUGGCCGAGGUGUCUGAGCUCAGUCAAGAUUCGAGUAGUGAGACAGACUCGUCGGAGUCCACCGACACAAACUGAUGAAACUCAAUGUCAGACCAAAUUAUAUAUAAUUAUAUAUAUAUAUAUAUACAUAUGAAGCUAUUCAGUGUUCUAGUAGUGAGACAGACUCAUCGCAGUCCACCGACAUAAACUGAUGGAACUCAAUGUCAGACCAAAUUAUAUAUAAAUAUAUAUAUAUAUGAAGCUAUCCAGUGUUCUAGUAGUGAGACAGACUCAUCGCAGUCCUUCGACACAAACUGAUGGAACUCGGUGUCAGACCAAAUUAUAUAUAGAUAUUUAGUGAUCCAAGUAGUGAAACAGAAAGAGUCUGAGUCGACUGAUACAAACUGAUAGAAUCGUCAAACCAAAUUAUAUAUAGCUAUCCAGUGUUAGAUAGUGAUAGAUAUCUGUGGAAAUGAACUCGUCAUAGUCUACUGAUACAAACUGAUGGAAAUGUCGGACCAAAUUAUCGCUAUUCAGUGGUCAUGUAGUGAGACAGACUCUUCAAAGUCUGCCAAUACAAAUUGAUGAUAUGACUAUAGUACUGUCGGAAAUAGAAUAAAAACGAUUUUUGUCGAUUAUUUCUUACAUUAUAUUAAACAGACAAGUAAAUAUUAUGUAAAUAUCUAUUUAAUGAUAUUCUACCUUCAUUAGCAUUUACUU